UUAGUAGACCUGAUGAUUUUUAUUUGAUACAUUAAGGAGAUCUCCGAUGACGUACAGAAAGGCAUUAUUUGGCACCACCACAACAGAAAUGUCUUUUCGACGUGUUUGUGGUCGAAGUCGUGUGGGCGGGUGCGUGGCUUUAUAAACCGCUGCGUGCGUGGCUUUAUAAACCGCUGAAGCUGUGCACCAGUUCACAGUACCACAGUUCACAGUACCACACAGGGACAAAUCGACGAACAGGUGACUGAAGCUUCAGCUUAUAAGUGACUGUGAGAUAAAAUGGACAUCAAACCACUUUUCUGGAAGCUGGGUGUUGGUGUACGAAUCUUCCUAACAUUUCUUUUUGCCCUCCUAAUAUUUGGACUGGUACUAUGGGCUUACAUUGCCCAUGUAAAUAUUGUAGCAUCCCAGUAUGGCAUUAUGGCCUUUGGCUUCUAUGGCCUUCUGCUAAGUCUUCAUCUACUGGUACAGAGUAUUUUUGCCUAUGUGGAGCAUCGGCGGAUGCGUACCAGACGAGAAGCUUGUUCCUACACCAAGACUGUGGGUUUUACCAUCUCUGCUUACCAGGAGGACCCAAAGUACCUACGGGACUGCUUGCAAUCAGUUAAGGCACUUCAUUAUCCACCCGAGUUGCUCCGGAUUGUCAUGGUGGUAGAUGGUAAUACAGAUGAAGACCUCUACAUGAUGGAGAUGUUCCGGGAGAUUUUUGCAGAUCAGGAUCCUGGCUGCUAUGUGUGGCAGAACAAUUACCACACACAGCCAGCCGGGGUGGGUCCAGAGGAGGAUAUCCAACGCAGGGAGGUGGAAGAGAUUAUCAGAACCAAGCGGUGUGUUUGCAUUAUGCAAAAGUGGGGAGGGAAGAGAGAAGUGAUGUACACAGCAUUCAAGGCACUGGGUUCUUCAGUGGACUUUAUACAAGUGUGUGAUUCCGACACAAAGCUGGAUCCCCUGGCAACAGUAGAACUGGUGAAGGUGCUUGAGAGCAACACAAAAUAUGGUGCUGUUGGUGGCGAUGUGAUGAUUCUUAACCUGAAAGACUCCUACAUCAGCUUCAUGAGCAGUCUGCGAUACUGGAUGGCUUUUAAUGUCGAGAGAGCAUGCCAGUCAUUUUUUGACUGUGUCUCUUGUAUUAGCGGUCCCUUAGGUCUAUACAGGAAUGACCUUUUACAACAGUUUUUGGAAGAUUGGUACAACCAAAAAUUUCUUGGAAAACACUGCACUUUUGGAGAUGAUCGACAUCUUACAAAUCGCAUGCUGAGCUUGGGAUAUGCUACCAAGUACACAGCUCGCUCAAAGUGCUAUACAGAGACACCUUCCCAGUUCCUGCGUUGGUUGAACCAACAGAUGCGGUGGACAAAGUCCUAUUUUCGUGAAUGGCUCUACAAUGCCAUGUGGUGGCACAAGCAUAGUCUCUGGAUGACAUAUGAGUCCAUUGUGGCUGGAAUCUUCCCCUUCUUCGUCACAGCCACCAUAAUCCGUCUUUUCUGGGUGGGUACACUGUGGAACAUCCUGUGGGUCCUUUGCUGCAUUCAACUUAUUGGGCUGAUUAAGGCAGCUUAUGCAUGCAUCUUGCGACAAAGCCUAGUGAUGAUCUUCAUGUCUCUCUAUUCUGUUCUCUACAUGACAAGUCUUCUGCCCACGAGGUAUUUUGCCAUGAUUACCAUUAAUAAAAGCAAUUGGGGCACAUCAGGACGUCGUAAGAUAGUGGGAAAUUACAUCCCUAUCCUUCCCCUGUCAGUAUGGGCAGCCAUCCUGCUGAGUGGUCUAGGCUACACAAUCUACAGGGAAAGCAAAGAGGACUGGACCUCAGCUGCCAAAAAAGAAGAGAUCAAAUAUUUGAUCUAUGGUGCUGUGGCAUAUGUCAGUUACUGGUUAAUAAUGAUCCUCAUAUACUGGGUGUGGAUUCGUAAACUGUGCCGAAAACGUUCACAGAGUUACAAUGUGACUGUGUAGUAGAAUUUUCAUGUUUUUUUAUUAAUUAAUUUAUUUGUUUGUUUAUUUAUUUAUUUAUUUGCAUGUUUGUUUGUUUGUGUGCACUAUGUUUAUUUGUUUUUGUUGUUUUGUUAUGCUUGAUAUGGAUUGAUAUGAAAAAUUUCCACUGUAUUAUUCAGUUUGCUCUGUAUUACACAAACUGCAUUAUAUAAAGUCACUUUGUAUUAUACAAACUUUGUGGAAGUUCAAAUUCAAAUGUUGACAUACAGUAUUUAUAGUUGUGCACUGUGGCAUGUAGUCAAUAGAUUUUGUUGAGCAGUGCAAUUUUUGUCUUUGAAUUUUUGUUACUUUUUAGUCUGAGACACUAUUUAUUACUUUAAUUCAGUAUUAAUGACAGAUGAAACUCACUUGUACAGAAUGAAAUUGCUGGAAAAUGCUGCACCUGCACAGUUUGUUAUGUUUAUGGACUUGUCUAUUUAUAACAGUGACUAUAACAGGAAUUAUAUUGUGAAAAUGUGAAGUAUUGUUUGAAUUGUUUGAUUAAAUUUGUAAUAUUAUAAUCGUCAA